CCCGACGUCCUCCCUGCCAUUACGCAUUCCAUUGUAUUUUCUACCUCUCUGCCCAAAUUAAAAUCAGAUUCUAUAGUAUUUUGACGGUGAUUCACGGUCUUAUACCGUACUAUCAACCAGAAUGAAUGGCAUAUGAGCGAUGUUUUUUGUCACUAGCGGCAGAGGUGUGAUUGUUAUUGUGAGUGGACAAAUGCCAGCGGCAUGUGCGCAGCCACACUCCCUCGCGAUCACCAUGCCAGAAAAAGAUGAUUCACCACUUUGUUGUUGCGAGUAUGUAAACAGAGAAGGGGAAAGAUCUCACAUUCUUGCUGCAUUUUGUAAUUGUGAAGACCUUGAUGAAGCUUUUGAUAGAUUGCUCACAAGAAAGAAUGUAGAUACUGGAAGCUGUGAAAAAAUCAUGGAAACCGCCGUAGAUCGCUUAAGGAUACCAUGGUGGGGAGGAGCCAAGAAAGUUCCUCCAGAUGUUGCUUGUGGCUUGGUGCUAGUGCCACUCUUCAUCCUCUUGGGCUGCAUGUCAUGGACUUUCACUUUCAUUACUUAUUUGAUUGUCUUGCCAACCGUGAUGUUUUCUAUUCAUAGAUUUUUAAGAAGAAAGGUUGUGCACAAAGACACCUCUACCUACCAGUCAGGUGACUCCAAAGACAUGAAGAAAUACCCUAGGUCGAAGUUCUACCUCACCUGGCUUGCCUCAUCCAUUGUAUCUCUACUCCUGAUAUAUUACACACAAGUGAUUGCCUAUCUCAAGAUCAGCCCAUAUGAAAACCUGGCUUUUAUGAUAUUUGUGUGGCUCUCGGGAACAUUCCUGUAUCUGGUCAGAGCCACAGCCUGUGCAGGAUUUGACCCUCCAGAAAAGAGAGGGGAUGAUGUGUAUGAUGAUGUGAUUGAGUCUGGUGCUUGGAGGAUCUGUGGAGAAUGUGAGCAGCAAGUUCCAAGAUUGGCUUCUCAUUGCCGCACCUGUGGCAUCUGUUAUUUCAUGCGUGAUCACCAUUGUGUCUGGUUGGACACAUGCAUCUGCCAUGUAAAUGACAGAUGGUUCAUGGGUGGUUUGUUCUUUGGGCUGAUUGCAUUGUGUUAUGGCUUUCAUCUGAGCCUUACCACUGUGUGUCAUCCUCGAUUGCUCAACAUCUAUUUCAUGGAUAUCCUUGUUCCUGAAACAUGUCCCGAUGCAUUUAUUGAUUUUCAGUCAAGCCUAACAACGUCUGGUGCUUGUUAUGCUCUCCUCCUUGGGAUUCUCGUGGCACUCGCUCUUCUCCAGCAGCUUGUGUGUGUUGUGGCCGGGGUGAAGUUGCGGGAAUACAAACAGAGACGGUUACUUCCAGGACAGCCUGGCUUUUCCGUCAGCGGUGCUUUCAAGAAUUGUCUCAACUUCUGGUGGAGAUGAUGGAAUUCCUCACUUUUUUCUGAUCAAAUGUUCUGUGACUUACCUGCAUAUAAAAAGACAUGAAGAAAUACAAGGAAAAAGAUAUGAUGUGAUUACUGUACCAUUAUGCUAAUAUUAAUGGCGUAAAGUGCUUUAUUUGGAGUAGUGUAGUGAUGAUGAUUUUCAGGUAUAGAUUUUAGUUAUGGACAGCUUUAAGGAAGUAAAUUUAUUUAAACUGAUAAGAAGCUACCUGCAUAUAUUUUAUUAUAGUAUAUUUUACAAAGUGAG